AUGGUCCCUGUGUGUUCAAAUGUUAGUUUUAGGGCUAUUGCAAACCACGCCAGCCCAAAUUUCAAUUCAUCUGCAACCGGAGCAUGUUUUAUGUGUCCCAAUCUAAGAUCCCACCGCAAUUGUUUUUCAAAUUAUUUGGACUCCUUUCCUUCUUCAUUCCCAACAUUCGCCAACAACCUCUAUUGCCACCACCGAUCGUCCGCCAACAACCUUCGGUGCUCUGUUACUGUUUCGAAUUUCGGUUUCACGUUUCCAACGAUUUCCCGUCCAAAAUUUCGGGAUUCCGAUAUCUGUGGCCAACAACUGUUUGAGCUCUAUUGUCGCCACCAAUCGCCUGUACUCUUGUGCUCUGUUGUUUGGGAUUUGGAAUUUUGGGACUUGAGCUUCAACAAAUUAACAUGCUACAUACCAGACUCUUUAUGA